AUGGGAAGGCGCCGCCGGUUCACUUUGCAGUACACCAGCGACGACGACGACGACAAUGCUGCACCCGAGGCGCCCAAAUUCACAGUCCCCGACUCCUCGCGCCACAAGAAGCAGCAGCGCCGCUACCACGACGACGAUGACGACGAGGCGGACCUGGAGCUCGCGAAGGAGGAAGAGCAAGAGAUGAGGAGCAACGAGGAGGAGGAGACGCAGGCCCGCAAGCCCGCGCGCCCUGCUGAGAACAGCGACGGGGAGCUGGGCCACAAGGCGGAAGCGGAUGAGGAGGGGGACGACGGAAAUGGUUCGGAUGCGGUGCCCUUGGGCAAUCCCGUGGAGGUUCCUGGCGAGGGGAAGCACUACUCCUCCUUCGAAUACGAGGGCAACAUCUACAAGCUCGAGGAUUCGGCGAUGUUCUCGCCUGAUCUGGAGACCGACAAGCCCUAUGUCGGCAUCAUCAAGAUAUGUGAUUACGGAACCAAUGGUAUAAUUGAAAUUGAUGGGAGCUUAUCCGUAAGUGCUCAGUGGUUUUAUAGACCAGAAGAAGCCGAGAAAGAGGGUGGUGACCUAAGGGAGUUAUUUUAUAGUUUUCAUAUUGAUGAAGUGCCAGCAGAGUUAGUUAUGCACAUGUGUGUGGUCCAUUUCAUUCCUGAGCACAAGCAGGUGCCAAGUAAAAAGGAACACCCUGGAUUCAUUGUCCAACAGGUGUAUGACCACAGAGAGGAGAAGAUGUAUAAAAUAACGAAUAAGGACUAUGAGGAUGACAAGCAGCAUCAGAUUGAUCUCCUUAUUAUGAAAACAAUAGACCGUAUUGGGAGGCUUCCAGAUCGUGAUCCUGAAGAUAUACCUGGUGACAACACUGAUAAAUUAUCAAGACGAGGCUUGCGGAAGAGACCUCUGAAGCCUAAAGAUGUUCCAAGAGAUGCUUCAACAGGCAUAUCUGAGCAAUUCAGAAAAGAAGAUACACCCGUGAAUGAUAAUCUGAAGUAUUUUGCCAUCCUUGUCAGAUAUGAAGUGAUUACUGGUAACCAGUAUCGUGAUUGGUGGCUUGAUAAAUUUGUAGACACUAUUCUGGCACUCCCUCAUUCAAGAAAUGAUAAUGAAAAUUCUUAUGCACCUAAUGAGGUUGUUCCAAUAGUAGCCUCCUUACAAAGAUCAACGUUUGAAGCUCUUCAUGCAGACUAUCAUAAGUAUAACCAGAAAAUGAGAACAUUAUUGUUCAAUAUCAAGGUUAUACUGCAUAAUGGAACGCGAGUAUUAGUUGUGAUCAGCCUAUGA